AUGUCCUUUGGGGGGCGGAUUGGUUCCAAGGAGACACGGAGAGUCAAGGACAAAACGACAAAAAAGAAACAAAACGACCAGAGGCGAGGAUCCGAAAGGGAGGCGUCCAAUAGGGGCUUCAACCAUGCAAUUUCCAACGGUGAUUUUUUUCGCGAGUUAUUCGAGCAUUGCAUUCAGGAGGGAUUCGAUGCCCAUCGCCAUUGGAUUUCUCAUCGUGCCAGAGUCCCAUUCCCCGGCCAAUGCAACGAGAUAUCACAGUGUAGCCAGGCGCAGCUUCAACUGUCCCUGCCACAUGGAAGGCGAGUUGGUGACUUGGCCGCGCGAAAGCACAAUUCUGAUCUCUGCUUCAAGUGCCAGAUUGGCCAGCAAUUGCUUGCCUCCCGAAUUAGGCUGAGCUGGGAUUCACAACAGAAAAAGACACCAGGCCAAUUCCAACGCCCGUUGGAGAACGCACCCAGAAAUCGAUUGGAUAUCGUGAGAGGCAAGUUUCAAAAGCAUCUGGCCCUAGUGAAAACCGGGGAAGCCCUUGCGAUCGCAUCACCAACGGGCGAGCAGGGGAACGGAGCGCCCCGGGUUGACAGCGCAAGAUGUAACGAGUUUGUUCCAUCCCUGGCGCUUCGAUUUGCCCGAUGGCGAUCCCUUGCAGGCGGCAGGCUUGGACGAACGCGAAACAAGGGCAUCUGCCUGCAGUUCGGUUGCUGUUUCAAAACUGCUCUGUCUGGUGCUGCGAUGGAUUGGACAGCGCAGGCUCGAAGACGACGUCAUGUUGGCUGUGUGUCUCCCAGAGAGACCAGCGAGAGCGAAGCGGCAUGCAGCGAUGAUCCUGUCAGGCGUGAUGCUCUGUUGGCUUCAUGCCCAACGUCGUUUGGGCCACUGCAACGGGGCCUUACUUCCUCGUCCUCCCGUGGAAGGCAAAUGUCGUAUCAUGAGUCGCGAAGCGUUUUUGGAGGGAGCAUUUCGUUUCCACCGAAAGUAGUGGAUGCUGCUCGAAUAUUCGGACUUUGUUGUCGUGAAUCCACAUUUGUACGAUUGAGUCUCAACAGGAGACGUGGACAGAGUAUUUUUGAGGAUAGGAAUCACCCACGCGACUUCGCCCGAAAUCCCUCGCCUCCGAUGAACGACGCGGCUUUGGUUCUAAACUGCCCUUCAAACAUCCUCGGAACCCAAGACACGGGUUUUGCUCAACGCCCGAAAUCGAGGGCGAGAUGGGUAGCAGGAAUGGGCUUGACGGACAUUGAGGCGCAUGGAGCCGUUUUCCUCCCGUCAAAGGGUUUUGAGGGCGCCUGUGACCCCCGAAUGUCGGCCCCUAAAGCCCCUAAAACAAGCGCCCAGCAAGCCCGUUCCCGCAGCUCAGUUAGGGAUGACCUAGGCCAAGGACUCGCGGCCGACGCUUACAAAUUCAAAGCGCGGAACGCUGCCGAUUUGCUUCCAAUUCGACAUUUGUCAUACCGUGCGGGGCCUGCUCUCAGAGUACAUAACCCUCUCCGCUCCCUCUCCUCGCCUCGACCUCUGUUUCCCAUCCAGAUACUGUCUCAGACCGCAAAGCACCAAAGCACCAUGGCCGCCACCACAGUCCCCACCGUCCAAAAAGCCAUCCAGAUCUCCCGCACCGGCGGUCCCGAAGUCCUGGAGUACCAGACGUCCCUACCCGUCCCCACCCCCGGACCCGGAGAAGUCCUCAUAAAGAAUAGCCUCUCCGGCGUCAACUACAUCGACACAUAUUUCCGCACCGGCCUCUACCCGUCACCCAAGCCCGAAAUCCUCGGCCGCGAAGGAGCCGGCACCAUCGUCGCCCUUGGUUCGGGCCCAAGCCCGCAGCGAUUCAAGAUCGGUGAUCGCGUCGCGUGGCUGCAUACGGGCGGAUAUGCGGAGUACUCGGUCGCACCGGCGGAGAAGCGGGUGGUCAAGAUCCCCGACGGGGUGAGCGAUGAGCAGGCGCUGGCCGUGCUGCUCAGCGGCAUCACGACGCUCUCGUUGGUGAAAGAGGCGUAUCCCGUGCAAAAGGGGGAUUGGAUCUUGCUGCAUGCCGCGGCGGGAGGUGCCGGGUAUAUCAUGACCCAGAUGCUGAAGGACAUUGGGGCAAAAGUCAUCGGGACGGCGGGUGGUCCCGAGAAGGUGGAGUUGGUGAAGAGUUUGGGUGCGGAUGUGGUGAUCGAUUACAAGUCCCCCGAGGGCGCGAAUUGGCUGGAGAAAGUCAUGGAAGUUACCGGUGGUGAGGGUGUUGCCGCGGUCUUCGAUUCCGUGGGCAAGGAUACGUGGGAGAACAGCAUCAAGGCGGUCAAGCGCAAGGGAACGAUGGUGUUCUUUGGAAACGCUAGUGGCCCUGUGCCGCCGUUGAACAUUCAGCUCCUCUCCGCGAAGAAUAUCAAGAUGCUCCGCACCACUUUGUUCAAUUACAUCGCAACCCAAGAAGAAUUCGAUUACUAUACCACCGAGCUCUUCGAUAUGGUUAAAUCGGGAAAGCUAAAGACUCGAGUUCACAAGGUCUAUCCGCUGGAGCAAGCUGCUCAGGCACAUAUCGACCUGGAAGGUAGAAAAACAACUGGGAAAUUACUUUUGAAGCCUUGA